AAUGUAGCUGUUAAAAGGGUUUCAAGGAGGCCAAAACAAGGUAUUAAGGAGUUUGUGUCAGAAGUAAAGAUUAUUAGUCGAUUGAGGCAUAAAAAUUUGGUGAAGCUUAUUGGAUGGUGCCAGAAAAAGGAACUCUUACUUGUUUAUGAGUUCAUGACUAGCGGCAGCCUUGAUUUCCAUCUCUUCAAAGGGAGGAGCUUGAUACCAUGGAAAGUUAGAUACAAAAUCGUGCAGGGCUUAGCAUCAGCAUUGUUGUAUCUACAUGAAGAAUGUGUAUUGCAUAGGGAUAUAAAAGCAAGUAAUAUUAUGUUAGAUUCAACUUUCAAUGCUAAGCUUGGGGAUUUUGGGUUAGCCAGGCUAGUUGAUCAUGAAAAAGGAUCACAAACAACUUUAUUGGCUGGAACCUUGGGAUAUAUAGCUCCGGAGUGUCAUAGAACAGGUAAGGCAAGUAAGGAUUCAGAUGUCUACAGCUUUGGAAUUGUGGUACUUGAAAUUGCCUGUGGUAGAAGGUCAAUAGAGCCCACAUACGAUGACCAACAAGCAUCACUGGUGGCUUGGAUUUGGGAAGCUUAUGGGAAUCAAAUGCUUCUUGAUGUAGCUGAUGAGAAACUCUCUAAAGACUUCAACGUGAAAGAGAUGGAGUAUUUAUUACUCGUUGGAUUAUGGUGUGCACAUCCUUCUCGUAGUAUGAGACCGUCAAUUAGGCAAGCAAUCCAAGUGCUUAAUUUUGAGGCAGCACCUCCAAAUCUAUCUAGUAAGAUGCCGGUUCGAAAUUAUGAUGAUACACCUAGUACUUCCAUCAUUACAAUAAGUGAACCUGGUUCACUCAGCAUUACUAUGCCUCGCUAAUAGUUGUGUCUUAAUUGCUACAAGUCAAUUGAUUUUGAUAAUAAUUAAAAAUGUGUGUUUCUG